GCUGCGCUCCGCUCCGCGCCGGGCGCGGCCGCGCCCCCGUGCCCGCGGCGCUCACUCGGGCGCGGGCGGCGGCGCGCACGGGCGGCAGCGCGGAGCCCGCAGCGCCGCUCGGCCGCUCCGCCCGCCCCCGCUGCCCGCGGCGGAGCCAUGCUCUCCAGGAAGGGCAUCAUCCCCGAGGAGUACGUGCUGACCCGGCUGGCCGAGGAUGUGCCGGAUCACGCCCGGUACCGCGCGCGGGAGAGGCGGGCGCGCUUCGUGGGCAAGAACGGCGCCUGCAACGUGGCCCAUAAGAACAUCCGCGAGCAGGGGCGCUUCCUGCAGGAUGUCUUCACCACCCUGGUGGACCUCAAGUGGCCGCACACGCUGCUCAUCUUCACCAUGUCCUUCCUGUGCAGCUGGCUGCUCUUCGGCAUGGUCUGGUGGCUCAUCGCCUUCGCGCACGGGGACCUGGACCACAGCACCCGGCUGCAGCGGGACCCCGCGGAGGGCGCGGCCGCCUUCGUGCCCUGCGUGACCAGCAUCCACUCCUUCACCUCCGCCUUCCUCUUCUCCAUCGAGGUGCAGGUGACCAUCGGCUUCGGGGGGCGCAUGGUGACGGAGGAGUGCCCGGCCGCCAUCCUGGUGCUGAUCGUGCAGAACAUCGUGGGGCUGGUGAUCAACGCCAUCAUGCUGGGCUGCAUCUUCAUGAAGACGUCGCAGGCCCACCGCCGGGCCGAGACCCUCAUCUUCAGCAAGCACGCGGUCAUCGCGCUGCGGGAGGGCCGGCUCUGCUUCAUGCUGCGCGUGGGCGACCUCCGCAAGAGCAUGAUCAUCAGUGCCACCAUCCGCAUGCAGGUGGUGAAGAAGACCGCCAGCCUGGAGGGCGAGGUGGUGCCCCUCAACCAGAUCGACAUCCAGAUGGAGAACCCCGUGGGGGGCAACAGCAUCUUCCUCGUCUCCCCGCUCAUCAUCUACCACGUGAUAGACAAGAACAGCCCCCUCUACGACAUCUCGCCCAUGAACCUUCACCACCACGAGGACCUGGAGAUCAUCGUCAUCUUGGAAGGGGUGGUGGAGACCACCGGCAUCACCACCCAGGCCAGAACCUCCUACCUGGCGGAUGAAAUCCUCUGGGGCCAAAGGUUUGUGCCCAUCGUGGCAGAGGAAGAUGGGCGAUACUCGGUGGACUACUCCAAAUUUGGCAACACGGUGAAAGUGCCCACCCCCUCGUGCACUGCCAGGCAGCUGGAGGAGGACAAGAGCAUUAUGGACACCAUGCCACUGUCCCCGAAAGGCACAAUAAGGAGGAGGUCUGUCAAGCUAAAGCCCAAGUUUGCCAUAAGCGAAGAGCCUUCCUGAUGCCUUCUGACCGGGAAACUCUGUUAGGGCUUUGUGUCUGAAAGAUCUCAUGAACUCAAAACACUGAGGUGGCCUCUUACUUUUUUUUAAAAUUCAGGUUGGUAGCACAAGGUAUGUUCUGGUGUUAUUUAUUGUGGGGAAAUCUAAAGCUAAUUAUAUUUUUUUAAAGGUGUGAGAGAUUUCGAGCAGAACUGGGAGUAGGGAAAAUCAUGGUCUGCAGCUUUAAAUUUCAAUUCAGACUUAUUUAAUCGCACGAUCAUUCUGUGUUGAUUCAACUGCAGGUAAUGACACAUUUUCUCAAAAAAUAAAUGUAUAUUUAUCCUCAGCGAUUGCAGUUUUUUUAGGGUCUUGCAGUGUUCGCAAGUCAGUAGUUUUUAACUGGUGUUUUUUUUCCUAACUUGAACAAUCAAUAUAGCAAAAUAAAACAUUAAUAAUUAAUAAAGUAGGCUGGAUUUAAAUGAUAAAAAAAGGGUCAGGCAAUGACACAAGACCAGAUCUGGAAGUGUCUCUAUAUUAUACUGUUUGUCUCAAAGAAAUUAAAUGCUGGAUUUGCAUCAUCCAUAUUGUGUUGUAUGGAGCCACUCCUACCACAUGCAGUAUGAAAUGUAUUUGAAUAUUUACUUUUGUUUAUUUUAAAAGCCUUUACACUUCCAAAAUAAAACAUUCAGGAAUA